GGGGGUGGGGAGCUCCGCGGUGCGAGGCAGGCAGCGUCCCCAGCGAUGUUCCCCGCCCGGCCCGCUUGGCUCGCGCUGCUUCUCUGCUUCUGCCCGGCUGGUCACGGUUUACGCAUCCAGGAGUAUCUUUACUUCCAUGUCCUCAGUCCUGGAGAUAUCCGUUACAUCUUCAUGGCUACCCCGGCCAAGGAUUUUGGCGGAGUCUUCAAUAUGAGAUUCGAGCAGAUUUAUCUGGUUCCAUCCGACCCUCCAGAUGCCUGCAGUACCUUGAACAAUGGGGUAUUCAUUGAAGGACAGAUCGCGCUGGUGGAACACGGGGGCUGCUCCUUUCUGUCCAAGACUCGCACGAUUCAGGAACAUGGAGGCCGGGUGGUGAUCAUUGCAGACAAUAGUUACGACAAGGACACAACCUACGCGGAGAUGGUCCAGGAGAGCACCCAUCGGAAGGCCGACAUCCCUGCUCUUUUCCUUCUGGGGAGAGAUGGGUACAUGAUCCGUCGCUCUCUGGAGCAGCACGGGCUCCCUUGGGCCGUGAUUUCCAUCCCUGUCAACGCCAGCAGCGUUCCGACUUCCGAAUUCCUCCAGCCUCGGGGAGUUUUUUGGUAGCAGAAAGGGGAAGGAGGGAGUUGCGGAGUGCCAGAACUGGACCGAAAGGAUGAAGAUGACCUCCAAAGGUCUCCGUUUCACCCAGUCCGGCAGCUGAUGGGACCACAGGAUCGGUUUUGGGAGAACCUCGUGUGUUGAUGAAGGGAAACUGACUGGACCGUAUCCUCUGGAUGCCUUCUUUUUUUCUUUAUUUUGUCUGGCCGCUCCAGCACAUAUUGGGACCGGUUUGGCUCAACCAGCAAGUCUUGAGGGCCAAAUAGGCAACCUGGACAGCUGUUCGAAGUGGUUUCCCGAUGAUGGUGGUUACCAGCUUUUCUCAAAUCCAGGAGAAUCGAGAAAUGUUAGGUCUGACCCUUUGCCUGUCCUCGCCUCCCGAGUCUGGGGUCUCAACAGCAAGGGGCAUUUAAGGAGCCCCUUGUUUUAAAUUCAGAUGCCAACCUGGCCCAUUAUUAACCAGACAGACAUUUUGGGGGGGGGGAAUUAAAGAGGCUACGCAAUUCAUACCGCGGUGAUUUUGUGGGUGACGGCGUCUGAAUUCACCCAAGAUCGAGCAAACAGUGGUUUAAUGCUGGGUGCAUUAAAGACAGAGAUUGGAUGGCAACGACUAAGCCCGGUUUGGGAGGAUGGGGCCGGGGGGGGGGGCAGUGUUGUAUAGCUUCAGCUGCCUUUCCUAGUUGGUACUUUACUCCAACCAGAUUUAAGGGGUCAAACACCCCCCCCCCCAAUUCAAUAAGCAUGACGGUUGCAGGCAGAUUGCUAAGGAAGGGAGGGAGUGGGGAAGAGGGAGGAAAGGAGGGAAGGAGAGAGAUGGGAAAAGAAAGAGAAGGAAGGAAGAGGGAAGGAAAGAAAGAGAGAAAAGUGUAGGGAGGGAGAGGAGGAAGGAAGGAAAAGAAAGGGAGCAGAGGGAGAAAGAAAGGGAGAGCGAUAGAUGGGAAAAGGAAGAGAAGGAAGUAGGGUGGAAGGAAAGAGAAAAAUGUAGGAAGGGAGAGGAGGUAGGAAGGAAAAGAAAAAAGAAAAAGAGGGAGAAGAAAGGGAGAGAGAUAGAUGGGAAAAGGAAGAGAAGGAAGUAGGGUGGAAGGAAAGAGAAAAAGAAAAAUGUAGGAAGGGAGAGGAGGAAGGAAGGAAAAGGAAAAAAAGGGAGCAGAGGGAGAAAGAAAGGGAGAGCGAUAGAUGGGAAAAGGAAGAGAAGGAAGUAGGGUGGAAGGAAAGAGAAAAAGAAAAAUGUAGGAAGGGAGAAGAGGAAGGAAGGAAAAGAAAAAAGGAGCAGAGGGAGAAAGAAAGGGAGAGCGAUAGAUGGGAAAAGUAAGAAAAAGAAGUAGGGCAGAAGGAAAGAGAAAGAGAAAAAUGUAGGAAGGGAGAGGAGGAAGGAAGGAAAAGAAAAAAGAAAAAGGGAGAAGAAAGGGAGAGAUAGAUGGGAAAAGGAAGAGAAAGUAGUAGGGCGGAAGGAAAGAGAGAAAGAAAAAUGUAGGGAGGGAGAGGGGAAGGAAGGAUGGAAGGAGAAAAAAAAGAACAGAAAACAGAAAAACAACAGAAUUCUCAUUUGGAGAAGAAACUGAGCUUUUCCGUGCGAGCGCCAGGAAACUGGCCGAGGAAUCGGUGUGUUUUGCCCUUUUGUCAAUUACAGCAUGCGACCCUCCCCGAUUAAAAUCAAAAGCCCCCAUUCUCCAUC